GUCUGUCUGUCUGUCCUCCGCUUGUCCGACGGGGUGGACUCAGAAGCCUGCGUGUCCCGAAGCCCUGCAGGGGGGAGGGCAGGCAGGGAGGGAGGGCCUCGACGUGACCGCAGAAGCUGAACCAGGGAGGGUUGUCGGCGGUGGGGUUGGGGGCGGCCCUUGACGGGCUUCCCUCUUCCCCCCCCCCAUCCCCCUGCGAAGUGGCUGCCUGGCCCAAGGGGGGGAGGGUCGUUCGGACUCAUCGAAGCUCCUUUCCCCGGUGGGCUGGGGGGGGGGGGCUGACCGGUGCGAGGGAUUCGCCGCCCACGAUCUCUGCAGCCCCCUUGGCGGCCGUCACGCGAGCCCCCUCCCCUCUGCCAGGCUCUAAUGCCUGAAAGUGGAGCGCAGAAGCCGUGCCCCCCCCCCCCCGGGGAAGGAAGUCUUUGUAGGUCAGUAGGGGCGAGAGGCGGCUCCGAGCCUUCCAGGCAGCCUCGCUUAUCUCGGGCUGAGCCAGGCAUCCGGGGGAGGGGGGGAGGAUGUUAUCUGGGUGCCUCCCCCUCACCAUCGCCCAUCCAGUUGGGUACCUCGCAGGCGCUCCCACCCGCUACUGAGGCUGCCCCUGCAGGCCGGCGGCCCAGCCCUGUCCUCUGAGCAGCGCCAGGACAGCUGGACGGGCGGGGCGGACGGAAGAAGCCCCGACCCCGCAUUCCUGGAGGGGCUGGAGAGCAGUAGCAGCGCAGACGGCCGCUGGAGAAUGGGGAAGGAAAACCUCCUGGCAGCCCAUCUGCUGCAGGUGCUCCUCUCACCCCUCCUCCUGGCUGCAGAAAGGCAACAAACAGGCCUCCCCAGCGGUGUGCGAUGUCUGAACAAUUAUGGGAUCCAAGACCGCCAAGUGGAUUGUUCCUGGCACCGGAACCAGACUGCAGGAGAGGGAGCGUUCUAUCUCAAUUUCUCUGAUACCUUUCAGCAGUACAGCGACCUCUUCUGCUGGCUUUCAGCCUCCGAGGAGGCCCCGCAUGAGUUCAGCUGCUCUGCGGAAGGAUCGGGGAAUUUUGAAGAGGGUGACGAAUACAAGCUCUCCUUGCGCGCCUCCCUGGGGAAAGGCGAUCUCUACACUGCCUGGGAGGUGACUUACCAGCCCAUGCAGAACAUUAAAUGUGAUCCGCCCUGUGGCGUCUGGAGCAACCUGACUGCCAGCAAGUGUCAGAUCGUGUGGAGGAAGCCAGAGGCCUACGUGAACAUCUGGAAGACCUUGCAGUGGCAGCUGCAAUUCAGGGACACCGAGGUCCCCUGGGAGCAAGCAGAGACCAAAACCGUGGUCACCAGAGAGACGAUGAUGGAAAUAGACGCUUCUGAGUUCACGCCAGGCACCAGCUACGUCGCAAGAGUGCGCUGCAAAACCCCAGACGACAGCAAAGAUUAUGCCAGCCAGUGGAGCGAGUGGAGCGCCACAACGGAGUGGAGCGUCCCCCCAGGCCCUUUGCUGAAGGAGGAGCUUCCAGUCCUGGUGGCUGUCUUCAUCUCAGCCUGCCUUGGUUCUCUGCUCUUUCUACUCCUGCUCUCCAGCUGUUACUCAAGGAUCAAGAUCCGUUGCUCAGCAAACACCCCCAGCCCGGCAGACUUCUUCAUGCCUCUCUAUUCCUCUCACCAUGGGAAUUUCCAGGCUUGGACUGGCAUCAAAGGGCGGGAUGCAUGGCAGAGAGGCAGCAAGGAAUGUGGAACCGGCAUCCUCACCCUGAGGCCCGUGGAGGCCAUUUCCCAGCUCUCCUCCGUCAAGCGCCUCUCGGGAGUGGAGUUGCCAGCAGCGGAGGGACUUUGCCGCCUGCCAGGGGCUCCAGACCAGCCAGACACAGCCAGCGACUAUGUUGUCAUGCAAGGGGAAGCAAAGGCCCCGGUCUUGCCUGGAAGAGCUCCUCUCUACAUGGAAGCCCUGGGUGCCCUAGGCGAGAGUUUUCUUUAUUUGCCUUACAAGAAUGCCCUGUUUGCAGAGCAGGAUCCCUGGGAGAUUCCUGCAGCAAACCCUCUUGCCUCCUGAGCACCGGCGCCCACUCUGUGGGGCCCAAAGAGAGACCAAGCAGAGCGGAGAGGGGCUCAUAACUGCCAGCACAGCUCUCGGCAAGCAAGUUCUGGCUUUUCUCCUCACGUGGGCAAGCCCUGCUGGCACAUCUGGGCCGACUCUGAAGAAUAUCCGUAUCCUGAGACCAGUCUCUGAACAGACAGUCAGGGAUGCUGGCUGCUUGCUGAUAGUCAAAGUAUAAAAUCAUAGAGUUGGAAGGGCCAUCGUGUAGAUGGGCUUUGAGUUAACGUUUGCUAGAAGCCACCCUUGACGGCUGCAGAAUCCCUAGAACCUACGAGGACGAGCAGUGAAGCAAAACUGGCCCAGUUUGCACUCUGAGUAGACAGAGGGCUGCGAGUUGACUGAUGGAGCAGCUCAGAGGGCCAGAAGUCAGACGCAGAGGUCAUGUUGCUUGCUCCCUGUAGUUGCUGCAUGCAUAUUUGCAAUAAAACAAAGGCACAA